ACUUUAUUUCAGAUAAAUGCAAUAAUAUGGUUGAUGAUAUAUCUGUUAAAUGCAAUAAUUCGAUUAAUGAUAAUGAUGUAUCAGAUGAACAUAAUAACCUGGUUAAUAAUAAAGAUUAUCUGGUUAAUGAAUAUGAAGAUGGCAGGGUUAAUGAUGAUGAUAACCUGGUUAAUGAAUAUGAAGAUGGCUGG